AACUGAACUUAUUUAUGUUUGGAUAUUAUAUCAACAACUCUGCUCCCGCUUCCAAUAUAUGUCUCUAGGGUCAAGCACUGGUCGAUUAAAUCGUUUUAUAUCAAUCUUGGACAUUUGUGUCAACAUUAAUCCAACAAAAUAUUGUAGAGAUCUGUUUGCAUCCCAAACUUAUUCUUUACUGAAAAUGUCACUUUUUGAGCCGAAUACUCGACAUUUGCGGGAAUGUCUCUAGGGUCAAGCACUGGUCAAUUAAAUCGUUUUAUAUCGAUCUUGGACAUUUGUGUCAACAUUCUUCUUCUUGACUGGCGUAGACACCGCUUACGCGGUUAUAGCCGAGUCCAAAACAGCGUGCCACGUAUCCCGCCUUCUGGCAGUUUGGCGCCAAUUCGUUAUUCCAAGCGAAGCCAGGUCCCUCUCCACCUGGUCCUUCCAUCGGAGUGGAGGUCUCCCUCUUCCUCUGCUUCCACCAGCGGGUACUGCAUCGAAUACUUUCGGAGCUGGAGCACUUUCAUCCAUCCAACAUUAAUCCAACAAAAUAUUUGUAGAGAUCUGUUUGCAUCCUAUACUUAUUCUCAACUGUCAAAAUGUCACUAUUUGAGCCGAAUUCUCGACAUUUGCACGGAAUACGCAUGCUGCCAGAAAGAUGGUCGAAAAUAGUAAUUAGCGACGGCCAAUAACAUUUUUGUAACCGUUUUUUACAAAAAAAAGCCUUAAAUUAAAAAAAAAAACGCGGAAACAAAGUUGUAGACCUAAUAGCAAUCAAUAGGCCUUCACACUUAGAAGGGUUCGCUGAAGUUCUGAUGGAACGAAAGAAGCAUGUGGUACAAAAUCAAGAUGAAUUAAUCUGUGAAAUGAGAGAACAGUUGAUGCAUUGCCUCAAAAACUCUUUAGAUCGAUUUUGGGAGGAAUAUAGUGUUACGGAUCGAAUAGCUGAGUUGGAAAUGUUAAAAGAGCAAUAUAAACAAUUUGAAGGAAGUUCAUGGAAUGUUCAACACAUGAAACCUUUACAGAGGACUUUGCCGUUACGAAUGCGCUUUAAGGAAGCCAGAUUGCAUUACCUUGAAAAACAACUGAAGUAUCAAAAUGAACAGUUAAAGAGUUUAAUGGCGGUGAACUGUAGAGAUCGAUCUCGGAUCCACAACAUGGAACAUCAAAGAAAAUCAAUGUUAGUUACUUUAGUACGAUUCACUAAAGAUAUUAAAACAAUAAAAUCGCUUGCCAAGCAAACAACAGACGAUUUAAUAUUUUAUAUUGAUAAUGAUUUGGUUUUAAAAUAAAUAUAAAUUUAAACGUA